UUCAAUCUCUGGAUGUCUUUUGAAUACGCCAAAGCGCUUUCAGAAUAUGAACAUAAAGGGAGGGUUGGGUUACCCGAGAAGGUCGAUUCUGAUCGUAUUUUAACAAAUAAAUGCACUUCUCUUGUACAAAUGUUGUGUAGCAGUGAAUGCUGUGUUGUUCUGACUGGGGCAGGGAUUAGUACAGCCGCCGGAAUUCCCGACUUUCGAGGCCCCAACGGUGUCUGGACUUUGGAACGUCAAAAAAGGCAAAUGCCAGAGGGCGUUAGUUUUGAACAUGCCACACCUACUUUUUCCCAUUUUGCUUUAACUGAACUUGAAAAGUGUGGAAAAAUUAAAUUUUUGAUAACACAAAAUGUUGAUGGACUGCACAGUCUUUCUGGAUUUCCUAUUGAACGUUUAGCUGAAUUACACGGAAAUAUUUUUGUGGAAAAAUGUGGAAAAUGUAAAAGAAAAUAUUUUCGAGACUCUCCAAUUCCCUCUGUUGGUCUAAAACCCACUGGUCGUCAAUGUGAAAACUCUGAAUGUAAUGGAGACCUUCACGACACUACUUUAGAUUGGGAAGACAAAUUGCCUGAACCUGAUUAUCAAAUUGCACAAGAAUUUGUUCGAAAAUGUGAUCUUUUCCUGUGUCUUGGUACAACACUUCAAAUUAAGCCAGUUGGAGAUAUGCCUUUAGUUUGCAAGCGUAAUGGAGGGAAAUUUGUUACAAUAAAUUUACAAAAGACACAACACGAAAGAAAAGCAGAUUUAAUAAUAAAUGCAAAACUCGACAAUGUUUUUUGGCGUGUUUGUAAUUCUCUAGGUUUACAACUUUCUCCAAAUUUGAUAAAAACUGAGAGUAACAACAAUUUAAAUUUAUUAAAAAAUCCUCUACCAAUUUUUACAAAAAGUGAAAUUGAGGAAUUUGAUAAGGAAAUUAAAAAAGAAUUAAAUUUUAGGGAAGGAAAAAAGCGUAAAAAUGCGUCGUCAAAUAAUAAAAAAAUGGCGAAAAAUAAUAUUAAAAAGGUUAAUAAUAAUGAUAAUUAA